AUGAAGGUCGUUGCCAUACUUGCCGGUGCCUUUGGCCUGGCCAGCGCCCACAUGGAGUUGAAGAACCCCCCGGCUUUCCGCUCUAGCUACAACCCCAACACGGGCGGCGACGUUGACUACGACAUCCGGUCCCCUCUCGAGGCCAGCGGCAGCAACUUCCCCUGCAAGGGCUAUCACAAGCUUCUCGGCACGCCCAAGGGAAAGUCUGUCGCGACAUGGAGUCCCGGCGGCACCUACAGCAUGACCAUCACGGGCAACACGCCGCACAAGGGCGGCAGCUGCCAGGCGUCUCUCUCCUUCGACAAGGGCGCAUCGUUCAAGGUCAUUCACUCAUACAUUGGCAACUGCCCUGUCAUGGGCGACUCGAGCUACUCGUUCACUCUCCCCAACGACACGCCCGCCGGCGAGGCGCUCUUCGCCUGGACGUGGUUCAACUGGGAGGGCAACCGCGAGAUGUACAUGAACUGCGCGGCCAUCACUGUCAAGGCCGGCGGCAAGAAGCGCGGUGCAUCGGACCCCAUCUCUAGUCGGCCCAACAUGUUCGUUGCCAACGUGGGCAACGGAGUCUGCACCUACGAGGGAGUUGACGUCGAGUUCCCCCAGCCCGGGCCGGAUGUCACGCGCAACUCGAAGAAGUCUAAGCCGCCUGGCAAGGGCUCCUGCGGCUGGGGCGGUGCCGCCUAA